AUGGGUGGAUGGGUGGCGUCGUUUGGAAAUACCUUCAACCAGGAUCAGCUGAAUUCAGGGUCGCUAACAGUCAAAAUGACAUUCCACAAAACUCUGUCGUUGUCGGGCCUCAGUAUGGAGACUUUUUUUAAGACAAAAUGUGUUUACGCUGAUGCUGGUAUCGACAUAUUUUGCAAGACAGAUACGGGAAUAGAUCCUGUGAGUGUUAGCUUUAGUGUUGGAGGCAAGGUAUUACCACUUUUAGCUGAUGGGAAAGAGCCAGAGUUGCGUAAAUUAGACCACACCCGACUCCGCCUUAAGAAGGAAAUGGCUGGCAGUAAUGUAACCUGUAAAGUUGUAUACAACGCCAAUAAGGCUCCAGUUGAGUUUACAGCACAUUUGUGCUAUUUAGAGUUUGGUACGGGACCAACAUUAAUAGAACCAAGUUGUUUCUAUGGCGAUGACUCAACUGCAACUUGUGAAAUAAAUAAUAUUCGACCGGUUCAAAUGAUUGAAAUUCGUGUAAACGACAGGAUAUUAAAAGUGCAACAACAAGAUGAAUAUGAUCGUUCAAAAAAUACCUUCUCCAGCAAAGCAACUCUUAAAACUGCUUCUGAGGAAUGGAAUGGAACAGAAAUGUGUUGCACAUCAAGGAUUGGGAACAACAAUAUUGGAAGGUCUAUUUGCAAGCCAAUACUUAUGAGCUGUAUGCAGAAUAAAGAACAAAGCUCGCUUUUCGUUAGCUUCUGGCUCCCAAUUAUCGCCGGUAGUUUGGCAUUUAUCAGUAUGUCCACAAUAACGCUUGUUUGCUGUCUACGAAAAAGACGUCAACAUAACGAGUACCAUGACCUUUAGUCGACAGAGGAGUGCUUCUGCAGAGUCAACAGAUUAUAUGACACCAAUCUCAAGAAAAGCAACUAGUAGGCCAAUCAGGAUACAUUGAUAUGUCAGGAUCAACACAUAUUACUUAAGAGUGUUCACAAAAAAUGUGUAGAUAAGGAGUAUUCAAUUGAAUACGACAAUAAGUGCUGUGGAAUUCUUAACGAACAAAUAACAAAACUAGUUAUUUGUAAUUAUUGGUGAACUAUCAAUUAAUGCUUCUUUCCUGACGUUUUUGCUGAUUGUGGGUCUUAUUUUGCUGUAAAAGGAUGGCCACAAAUC